UGCGGGUUCGAGUGUGCAGGUGCGGGAGAGAGAGACAGAGAAAGAGAGAGAGCAUGCGUGAAAGCCGAGCUCUUUUCAGACCGAUUAUAACGAGAAAAGAGGGAGAGGGAGGAAGACAGAUUAAACAGGGCGAACACAACUGUUGUUUUAAUCCUCUGAGCGGAUAGAUUUAGAGGAGAAAAGCUACUGGUUUGGAGAAGAGCAGCCAUAUUGCAUGGACCGCUGGUGGAAUAACAGGACUCAGUCGAGCAGGAUCUCAGAGUUUGGCAGAAAACAUCCAGACUUCAUAACUGCGAGAUCCGCUGACCGGACAGACUUCACGAAACUCUUACUGUAGAGACCGUAGCAUAGUUUUUAGUUUCUAUUUAUUACUCGUUUAUUUUAUUUUUAAACUCUACACGAACGUACGCAAAGAUGAAGGACCGACUGGAUCAACUAAAGGCGACGUGCGAUCACGAUGACGAAGAUGUUGAACUGGCUGUGGACAAUGCUGCUUUUAUGGAUGACUUCUUCUCUCAGAUUGAAGACAUUAGGAACAGCAUCGAUAAGAUCGAUGAGAACGUGGCUGAAGUUAAGAAGCUUUACUCGGUUAUUCUUUCUGCACCAACAUCAGAUCAGAAAACACAGGAUGAUUUGGAGGCGCUAACCAACGAUAUCAAGAAAAUGGCAAACAAUGCCCGUAACAAGCUAAAGACCAUUGAAAGAAAUCUUGAAGCUGAAGAAGUGGAGAGAGUAUCAGCAGACAUGAGAAUACGUAAAUCACAGCACGCUGUUCUUUCCAGGAAGUUUGUCGAUGUGAUGACCAAAUAUAAUGAAGCACAGGUGGACUUCAGAGAGAAGAGCAAAGGUCGCAUUCAGAGACAAUUAGAGAUCACUGGUAGAACUACAACCGAUGAGGAGCUCGAGGAGAUGCUGGAAGGGGGAAACACAGCGGUUUUCACAGCAGGGAUCGUGGAUUCAGGAAUCUCUAAGCAGGCGCUGAAUGAGAUCGAAUCACGGCACAAAGACAUUUUACGUCUGGAGAGCAGUAUAAAGGAAUUGCAUGACAUGUUUGUGGACAUCGCUAUGCUGGUGGAGAGCCAGGGAAACAUGGUUGAUAAUAUUGAAGUGAAUGUGGGCAAAGCUGUUGAUCACAUCGCAGUGGCAAAGGAUGAAACCAAGAAAGCAGUCAGGUAUCAAAGCAAAGCCCGGAAGAAAAUAAUCAUUAUAGUGUCUGUGGUUUUGAUCAUUUUGGCAAUUAUUGCUUUAGUGGUUGGUUUAUCAGUAGGCCUGCAAAAAGCAUGAGUUGAUGAAGAUGAUCAUACUGGGUGUGAUCGCUAUUGUUAUAGUCUGCAUCAUCAUUAUCAUCAUCCUCACACAAGUUUUAUAAGAUCAUAACCUCUUCAUCAUUACCAUCCAUCUCCUCCGUGGCUGCUCACAAACACUCCGAUAUUAUGAAUGAUCACCUUCCCCACUUCUUGACAUUAUACUCGCUCAUUUCUCUUGGAGUCAGGAAGUUUGAGACAAAUGCUCCGCCCAUCUGUCUGUGGCCCCUCCCCUUAUGAACACAAGCCUGUGGGAAACUGCACUGCUGGAAGCUUAGUGAUGGAAACUGUGCCAAAACAUGACAGGAACAUUUGAGCAACUUCUAUUACAGCUUUCGAAGAAGACAAAAUAAGGGAGACAAGUGAAAGAUUACCUGUUUUGUGCUUUUUACACAUUUUUAUUGUCUCCUAAACAUCGAUGGUGACAUCUAUGGGAUGUACUGAACUGUUUCUGAUCACAUGAAGCUCUUAUUUUUGGAACCCUGUGAAAUGAAGAUAUGAGAGUUAACUUAACAUUGAUGGGUUGUCCAGAAUAGAAGUGACUGAUUUUAGAGAAUUAUGUUUUAAUGUGAUUAAACCCUGUAUGUGAACAAAAUGAUUUAACUAAAGAAAUAAAUUUUAUAUUUUGUAAGUAUGUUGUAAAUAUAUAAAGAAUUAUUGUUAGGAUUCCAUCUUGAAUGUUUUCAUGACUUGAUAACACAUUUUAGCUACGGUACCUCAUGCUCAAAGUACCCAUGCCAAUAGCUGGCAAUUGUAAAAAACUUGAAGAGGACAAUUUAAUGAGCACACGGUUAAUGUAAAGCUAUAGAUAAACAUGGUUUCCACAGUACUGGAAACCUAAACGUUUAAACAAUGGCAUGAAUAGUUCAGAAAAUUAAUUUAUUACCAUUUAAAAUUCACAAAAACAACAUAAAAACAUGAAGAUUUUCCCUAAAGUUAGCUGCAUCUCAUGGCUUACUUGCAUAUUACUUAUGGAUGAAAAAUGAUGAGCUGAAGUCACACAAUCUGAGUAUUUGCAGGGCUCAGUUACUCUGUUUUAGCACCUAGCAUCUCAAAUCAUUUUUCCUAUAGGGCCAAACCACUAAAGUGUUAAAAAAUGGAUUUCAAGGUCUGGAAAAAUACUUUUAACAAAAUAAUGUGACACUUUUCAAAGUGCCUAUGCAGGUUUAUGCUGAACUGGGUCAUUUACAAAUCCCGGUUUGUUUUAACCCAGGGUUGUUCACUAUUGGACAGAACACACUGCUGGUUUUAAAUGAACUAACUGACCCAGAUGUGCCUUUUACAAACAACCCAGCAUUUUUUAGAGUGAGGAAGAUGAUGUCAUCAGACUGAGUAUAUAUAUAGUUAACUCAUUGUGUCAAUAGGAACAACUAAUAGUUGAACUUCUUGUUUGGUUUGUAUUAUGAGUCAAGGACUCAUAAUACAAUGAUGAGACACACAAUGUACAAUCAAAACUCAUGAGCAUGUGUGCUACACCCAAAAGUAAGUACUCUCUCAGACACACACACACACACACAUACACACAAACUGUAACCCACUUUUUCCUUUGUUAUAUUCCUCUGUCCUCCUUUGUCAAUUUUAAGGAGUAUCUGUAAUAGGAAUAUGUUGUGAUAAUUAGAUGCAUUUAUUUCUUUGUUUCCUUUGACCUGUUUUCGGUUGCUUCCUGUUUUUAUCUG